GAUUGAAAGGAUAUGAAGAGGUGAGGUGCUGAGAAAUGGCGCUGCCUCAAAUGGAGGUUGUGGGUCUGCAUACAUCCAUAUCUCUUUAUAGAGAAACAUGGAGAAGUCAUUAUCUCCAUCGCUUUCAGUUCACCACUCUAGGCAAGAAAUCUUUUCUCCAUGGUUGUUCCUUCCAAUUUCGAGCUUGGAGCAGAAGUCGAGAGCUCGUCUCCCCUCGAACUAACCUCUCCAUCAUUCGACGGGUUAAUGCCACUGAACGAGUCGAAGAAGAAUUUGAUGUUAUCGACAACCCAGCAGCGGCGAGUACGAUGAGCUCCUCCGAGGACGAGGAGUCAUCAGCCUCAACUUUCCUAUCUUUGAGCGAGAAGCCUGAUAGGAACAUGGCCCUCCUCGAUGACUAUGAGUUGGAGGAACUUGACUUUGCCUCCAACCCUAACCAUCGCAGUGGAUAUGUGGCUGUGCUUGGCAAGCCCAAUGUUGGAAAGAGUACCCUUGCAAACCAAAUGAUAGGCCAAAAGUUGUCAAUUGUUACUGAUAAACCUCAAACCACAAGGCAUCGAAUCCUUGGUAUAUGUUCUGGUCCAGAGUAUCAGAUGAUACUUUAUGACACACCUGGUGUUAUUGAGAAGAAAAUGCACAAGUUGGACUCCAUGAUGAUGAAGAAUGUCCGCAGUGCUACCAUUAAUGCGGACUGUGUAGUGGUUCUUGUUGAUGCAUGUAAGGAACCCCAAAAGAUUGAUGAAGUGUUGGAAGAAGGUGUGGGAAACCUCAAAGAUAAACUACCCACUUUGCUAGUUUUGAAUAAGAAAGAUCUGAUCAAACCUGGUGAAAUUGCAAAGAAACUCGAGUGGUAUGAGAAAUUCAUAGAUGUUGAUGAGGUCAUACCAGUGAGUGCCAAGUAUGGUCAAGGAGUAGAUGAUGUCAAGGAUUGGAUAUUGUCAAAACUUCCUCUUGGGCCAGCUUAUUAUCCAAAGGACAUUGUUAGUGAGCACCCGGAAAGAUUCUUUGUAGGUGAGAUUGUUAGAGAAAAGAUCUUCAUGCAAUAUCGUAAUGAAGUUCCUUAUGCAUGUCAGGUCAAUGUAGUGAGUUACAAAACUAGACCAACUGCUAAAGAUUUUAUUCAAGUUGAGAUUGUUGUCGAGAAGAACUCACAGAAAAUCAUCCUCAUUGGAAAGGAAGGGAAGGCGCUGAAACUACUUGCAACAGCAGCUCGGCUUGACAUUGAAGAUUUCUUGCAAAAGAAGGUGUUUCUUGAGGUGGAAGUGAAAGUAAAAGAGAACUGGCGGCAAGAUGAAGGGCUUCUUAAGUACUACGGUUAUGGAGGCCAAAUUCAAGCGCUAUAAUGUCAAAUAUCAUCAGCUAAUUAGUGCAUGACUUCUUAAUGUGAGUGGAGAUGGUAGCGUGCUAAAAUCAUGACCAUGUGUUAUUUACUUUGAUCAUUUGGAGCCUCUAAUCAACAUUCUUUAUGGCUGGAGUCUGGUGCUGUUGCAAUCUUCAACUGGACCGUUUCUCUCAUGGCAAGGGAAGUGAUUACGACGGCAAGGCCCUUUCCGGUGUUCUUCAUUACUGUACUGCUAAACAUGGACCCAAAGGUCCCAGAGCUGGAUUUGAAGCAAUAUGCUUUGUCAAGGGUAUUUCUUGAUGUCCACAGAAACUAGGGGGCUGUAGUCCUCCUUGAAUAUGAUUUGAGGUUUUCUAUCAUGGGAACAGUUCCUGUAAUAUGAAUUUUUGGUAGACUUAGAGCGUGUAAUUUUGUAUUAAAAUUGAAGACAUUUGUCAAA